AUUGGAGAGAGGGCGGAGGGCGGCGCUAUGGCGGCCAAGAACAUGUACCCGGUGAAGAAGAACAAUUGGUCCUUCCGGGAAACCAUGAUUCCGAUCCCUGGCGAUGGCUUUGAUCCAAACAAGGCUCUCGCGCAGCCCCUCCAGGAGCUUCCCUCUGAGUUGCAAAAGCGAUCAAGGGUGUCCAUCUUCAAGCCGCCAAAAAAGGUUGCCAAAGAGAAGAAGCACAUCUUCCAGAAAAUCGAGGACCGCAAGCACCAGAACGCCUUCAAGCGAUACCAGUACCAUUGUCGAAACUACGAGGAGUCCAAAAAGCUGGCAAUGAAGCAAACCGAGAAAGUCGAGGAGGACAUACUCAUGGAAAACAUCAACCUCUAUCGCUUGAAGCAAGAGAACAUUCUCAUCCUUGAGAAAUCCAAGUCCGACUUAGAUAGAUACUACGGAGAAAACACCUGGGAGAUCAGCUUGCGAGAUUACUGGAUGGUCGAGCCUAUGAUUGGUGACUUAACGGCUGUGCCUAUGCCUUACGAUCUUCUAGCUCAGCGCACGCUCGAAAGGAUUGGCAACCCGCUCAAAGAAAACAUGUCUCUGGACUACUUCACCAAAACAGACUCGCGGCAGGACACGAGAAAAAGCCGAUGGGGGCCGUUUGAGCUCUACAUGGAGCGCCUCGAGAAGGGGAUCCGGACAACAGUGCCUCAUCGUCCAAACUUUCAUGGUUUCCAGGAGUGGUGUUUUGGGAUUGGAAUCCACUUGUGGCUCUCAUCUCUUUGGGACAAGCCAGGGUUUGCAAAGCUUGCUAAGUUUUUCUUCUGGUAAUGGAUGGCUGGCGGUUUUAGACGGGGUGACGGAUCCUCUCAGCAAGGCAACACUUUAGAGCUAGUGUUUGCUUUCUAUUAACGAUCUUCUAACAACGGACUGGUGUUGGCAGCUUGUAGGAAACAAGAUCAAACCAGAGGCUGAACGGCAGCGGAAAGGAGGAGAGCGUAUCAAGUUUGGAAAGAAAAGCGAGGAGGCGCCUGCUGGCGAGGUUUACAGCCAGCCAGCCAUCAAAGUUAGCAC